AUGGCUCUUUUGUAUUGUGUUGGGAACUCAUGCACACGAAUUUACGAUGAAUUUUGCACCCAAACGAAUAGCGAAUGUGGUCAUAAUAUGGUCUACAAGACUGUUGAACGAUUAAUUUACACCGAUGAAACAUUAAAUCUUGAAACGUGCAUUCAAGAGUGCAAAUGUAUCAGCGAUGAAUAUGUGCAGAGCAAUGGACAGUGCAUUAAGCAAAACAACAUUCCAGCAUUGCGAAAUGAAACUGAGACUGUGAAGAAGACACUUGACGAAAAAAUCUCUGAUACUUCGUGUUCAUUAACAGGGCAGAGAUGUGGAAUAAAUACGGUCUUCAAAACCGUACACCAGUCUUUAUGCCUUGGUUUGCUAUCUUCAACAUUUCGAGUUGAAAUUUUGCCUAAACGCUGUGCGGGAAGAGAGUGUGCACUUGACAAAGAGAUUUCUGAUGUUUCAUGUUCCCUAACUGGAAAAAUGUGUGGAACCAAUAUGAUAUUUGAUAAAGUUGGUAAAUCAAACGAAACAAAUGUUAUUUUUGAUUCGAAUGAGAAUUCGGCUUGA